CCAGAUUCUCACUCUGACAGAGGGAAGAGUACUCCAGGGGAAUCAGACCCAGAGAUGCCCAAACCAUUAAGACCACACCACUGCUCCCAUUGUGGAAAGAGAUUUACCCAGUUAAGGAACUUGAAAGAUCAUGAAAGAACACACACAGGAGAGAAGCCUCAUCUCUGCUCCCAGUGUGGAAAGGGUUUUACCCAGUUAGGGAACCUGAAGGAUCAUGAAAGAAGACACACAGGAUAUAAGCCUUUCCAAUGCUCUCAGUGUCAGAAAAGUUUUAACAGGGUUGAGGACCUGAAAAGGCAUGAGAUGACACACACAGGAGAGAAGCCUUUCCAGUGCUCCCAAUGUGGAAAGACUUUUACCCAGUUAGGGAACCUGAAAAUACAUGAAAGAAUACACACAGGAGAGAAGCCUUUCCAAUGCUCUCAGUGUGGAAAAAGUUUUAUCAAGUUAGGCAACCUGAAAAUGCAUUUGAGAACACACACAGGGGAGAAGCCCUACCACUGCUCAGACUGUGGAAAGCGAUUUACCCAGCUUGGGAACCUGAAGUCACAUGAGAGAACACACACGAGAGACAAGCCUUACCAUUGUUCCCAGUGUGAAACAUUUUUUUUCUCAUCAGGGGACCUGAUAAAGCAUGAAAGAACACACUAUGUAGAGAGGCCCUACCAAUGUUCUCAGUGUGGAAAGAGAUUUAUAAAGUCAUCGCAUCUGAAGGAUCAUAAGAGAAUACACACAGGAGAAAAAACAUUCCACUGCGCUCAGUGUGGAAAGGGUUUUACCUGGGUAGGGAACCUGAAAAAGCAUGAGAUGACACACACAGGAGAUAAGCCUUUCCAAUGCUCCCAGUGUGGAAAAACUUUUACACAGUUAGUGCACAUGAAAACACAUGAGAGGACUCACAAAAGAGAAUAG